CUUGACCUUCACACAAACACAUGCUUCUCGAAUUUUUGACGUUAAUUUGACAAUUGUUUUGUUCCAUGUUUAUAAUAUAAGCUAACUUGACAAGACAGCUUGAAAGGUUUACUCCAUAUCCCAUCCUGAGUCAUGUGUGCAGCGGUCAGCUUUCUGAACUGGGCAGUCAAGCAGCUUUUUAGAGGAAUUUUGUGCCUGGUAUUACUAUCUGCGGUCACUACGACUCAGGAUCCACUCAGUUUAGGUCUAGGGCUCUGCCAUGGUGGGGAAUCCAAGUACUGUUUUUGUGCUGAAGCUGAGUGCAAGCCAUGUCUACAGCAAAGUUGCUCUGACACAGAUAUGUAUAAACUAAGGUUUCAGGAAGGAUGUUGUGGAUCAGAUGAAGCCAGGAAAAACCAAUCAUGCAUAGAUAUUUGUUCAGCAGAUGGAGCAAGAUACAAGUUGAAACGGUAUGACAGUAAAAUGAACAUGACUACACUGUGUCCUAAAGGACAGAUCAUUCAGAAGUGUACUGACUGCCGAACAUGUUUUCCAGCCAUGUGCCAGCAUUGGACUGACAAAGAGGUGUUUGAUGACCAGUGCCGUCCACAAUUGGGAAAUGAUCACCCGAUGGUCAAGCAGUGCGAAGACAUCUGGAAUGAGAGUUUAACUCUGAAAGACCAUUCUGAAGGGACAACUCCAUUAACAACACCUACAGAUGUUGAUCGGGAUAUCAAACUCACCAACCCUACAAUAAUUACAUUGGCUACGACUGCCAUGUCACGUGCAACAAUUCAUGCAACAACACAUUCCAUGACAAAAUUAAUACCUACAUCUACCACAGAACCUGAUAAAGGGUCCUCUGUCUUAGAAGGAGCAAUUAUAGGAGGAUUUCUUUGCAUUAUUUGUUUAGUUGUUGCCGGAUAUGCCUUCAAUAGGAUCCUGUGGAAAUUAAUUUCCUACAUUAUCAAGAAAGUUAUCCAAAGGGAUGAAUAUCCAGCCAUCUCACAAAGCGCUGACACACCUCUUUCACACUAUGGCAACAUGAUUGCUCAACCAGAAAACACUUGCAAAAAAGAAAGCAGUCAGUCUACUCGCAUAGAUUUGUGUCCGAUCGAAGGUGCUGAAGUGGUAUCAAAUUACGAAGGAAAUCCAAGUGUUUGGGAUGCUGAUAAUAUGAACGAUGAUAACAGUGAUGAGGAACCAUUCCUGCCAGAGAAUGCCCCGCUUUCAUUUUAAUGAUUAAAUGGUUUAUAGAAUUUAUCCGUAUUAUUAAAAAAGAAUGAUGCACCUACUUGCCAAGCCCAACUGUAAAAUCAUUAGAAUGGAAACAUGUAUAUUCCAUAGUUUUUACAUUGCAAUAGACAAUCUAGUAUUAUACACAGAGUCCUACCAUCAAAUUUGUUACUCAAAAAAAAAGCAUUUACGGUAUCAUUAAAAUAUAAAGUGACGUUUCAAAACAACCCAACUAUAUACAACAUAUAGAGGUAAUAGAUGAAAGAAAAAAUGCCUACUUAAUAGAGUUAUGAUGAAAUAGAAAUUAUAUUGUUUCAUGAAAAAAAAGGCAUUUUCACUUUUGUAUUUUAUUGUAUUUGAUUUUGUUGCAUUGUAUAUUUGAAUUGAGAUUUUUUAGUGUUGUUUUUAGCUUGACUAUUCGAAGAAUAAGGAGAGCUGAGCUAUCCUUGUCACCUCAAAUAUUUUAAAAGUCCAUUGACAUAUGGCUUUGAAACUUUGCACACUUGUUCACCAUCAUUCCCCCAACCUGUACACAGUAGGAGGUAACUCUAUCAAGCAUUUUGACAAAAUUAUGCCCCUUUUUCGACUAAAAAUUUACGUUCAAGUUUGCGUACCACCUCAAAUAUUUUCGAAGUCCAUUGAUAUCUGGCUUUGAAACUUCGCACCCUUGUUCACCUUCAUGCCCCCAAUCUGAACACAGGAGGAGGUCACUGUAUCAAACAUUUUGACAGAAUUAUGCCCCUUUUUCGACUAAGAAUUUACGUUAAAGUUUGCGUACCACCUCAAAUAUUUUCAAAGUCCAUUGACAUCUGGCUUUGAAUCUUCGCACGCUUGCUCACCAUCAUGCCCCCAACCUGUACACAGGAGGAGGUCACUGUAUCUAGCGUUUUGACAGAAUUAUGCCCCUUUUUUACUUAGAAUUUAGGUUAAAGUUUACGUACCACCUCAAAUAUUUUCCAAUUCAAUUGUCAUCUGGCUUUGAAACUUUGCACACUUGUUCACCAUCAUGCCCCCAACCUGUUCACAGGAUAAGGUAACUCUAUCAAGCCUUUUAACAGAAUUAUGCCCCUUUUUCGACUUAGAAUUUACGUUAAAGUUUGCAUACCACCUCAGAUAAUUUCAUCUGAGUCCAUCGACAUAUGGCUUUGAAACUUUGCACACUUGCCCUUUAACAUUAGACUUAAAUUCUGAUUAAAAUUUUGCAUGUAACAACAUUUUUGUUAAUAUCUCAGCACAUCAUGUAUUGCUUUGAAAUCUAAUCUAACAGUGAUCCAUGCAUGUUUCGCCAAAACUUUUCAAUCCUUACACUGAAAAGCGUCGGAAAAGUCAAAUUCUUUGUCGUAUUAUUUUGAUUGAAAUUGGUUGUAUAUCUUGAUUUAACCAUAUUUCUGACAUUCCAAUUUCAUCUAAUAUUUUCUUUAUUUGAUAUGCCCAAUUCAUGCUAUUGUAUGUAUUAUUGUUGUCAACGUCACUUUUUAACAUUUCAUAUGUAUUUUUGAUUAAUGAUGUAUUAUUAGAUUUUAAUGUUCUUAUCCAAUACUUUAGCAUUCUUAUUUUUCGUUCAGUUAUCAUUGGGUGCCUGCCUAAUUCACCAUAUAACGCGGUUAGAUUUAUACUUUUCCUGAUGUAUAAAACUUGUCUCAUAAAUUUGCAAUGAAUUUGUUCAAUGUCUUUUGCUGGAUGGUAUCCAAUGAUUUCUGAACCAUAAUUAAGAAUUGAUCCAAUGAGACUGUCAAAAAGAUUUGUUUUUUCUUUGAUAUUAAGGUUUAGCUGAUUGUAAACGAUAAACAAAUUGUGUAAGGCAUAAAGGGAAUGUUGUGGAAUGUGUCCUAUUCCAGUUUCCAUUCUUGAACAGGGUUAUACCCAAAUAUUUAAAUGACUCAACUAUUUCUAGAUUUGUAUUAUUCAUGUUAAAGGUAAAGUUAGAUUUUCUGCCUCUUUCGACAGCUAAGAUGUUUUUAUAGUUUAAUCCAAUUUAGUAAAGAAAGAACAAACUGUCUCUUACAAGAAGCAAAUGAGAAGUAACAUGAAUAAGAAAGAAAAGGGACAAAGGAUUUAAUAAAUUGUGCAUAAACCGUGAAUACAACAAUUAUGUUUGUACAAAGUGUUUACUGCCAUGACAGGAUAAUUAGUAUUCACACUGAAGCCAGUCAUACAUAACGGAACAUACAAGCCUGGGAAACACUCACACUAGCUAAAAUUAAACACUUGGUUAGACUACCAAUGACUGUCUUCACUAAAAAUGACAACCAUAUCAACUUUUUUCAUACCAACCAAUGAUCCCUGAGCAACAAUGACAUCCUUAGCUAAAUGACUUUCGUAGCUACACAUUGAUAACUGUAGAAACUACCUGUGUUUAUACCAACCAAUCCUGAGCAACCAAUAAAUUAUAACUUCCUUAGCAACCAUUUACUUGUCUAGCAACUAAUUACUCCCUUAGCAGCCAUUAGCUAACUGACACACCAAUGACUUCCUAAAAUACUAACCUACUUAUCAACCAUCAAAUUACUUAGCAAAAACUUACUUCCUCUAAGCAAGCAGCAACAUCCUUAAUAACCAGUGAACAUUUAAUGAGGUUACCGGUAUAGGGUUAUUUUGGCCCUCUUGUUUGAAUUUGAGAUUGCCAAGGGUAAAGGGCAUUCGUUAUUCGUGAUCCUAAUUGAUGUCUCACACCAAACCGCUCAAAACAAGUGAGCCUAAUUGUCAUCUCUUGUCCAACUAGUCAAUAAGUUUGAUCCAUUUUGAAACUCCUCAAUUUUCAUUAACUUAAUGUUUAAAUCAGUCUUCAAUCGUAAAUCUAUUUUUAUAACUUAAGUUUAUAUAAAUCUUUUUAUAGAUUGUUGUAUUGUUUGAAUGAUUUUACAACUACAUUGCUGUAUAAUAUGGAGCAGAGGAAUAAAAUCAAACACCAUUAAAAUAUCCACAAUUCAGAAAAAAGCUGCCAAAGUAAUUUUACAAAAACCUCUUCUUACUCCGUCUUGUCUUUUAUUAUAAGACUUAAAGAGUUAUGUUGGUUAUCUUUUGGUAACCGAUGUAAAUUUCAUGUUGGUGUUAAUAUUAAUAUUUGCUUAGGCUCAUGACAACAUAUUUAAGUGAAAUAAUUUCAUUUUCAAACAAUGCAAACUACUCAUUUAGAAGGUCCACCACCCACAAAGAUAUCAGUUCACUUUGAUACAAUACCAAUUAAUGUACGAAAUUGUUUUCUUACUUAUUUAAAGAUGUAUGGAACACUAUUCCAAUUCUUAUUUGACAGGCCUCUACAGUAAUUAAAGAUCAAUAAUUAAUACUUGUAGUUCUAUUUUAUAUGUCUGUUGCAUUAUAAGAAUUGCUGAUAUUGUUUGCAUAAUAUUUUGUGUAUGAUUAAUGAUUAUUUUGUUAUAAUCACUGUAUAUGGUCUCUGUUUUGUCAUAGUUAAAGACUACAUGUACAUUGUAAACAAGAUGCUGAUGUGCCUUAAUGUAUUCACUUCAUUAAAAUUAAGUUAUUAUCAUUAUUAUUUUUAUUAUUAUUGUUACGGGCAAUGUUAUUAUUAUUGAACAAUAACAAUUACCAAAAAUGA